AUGACACUGCUUAUUCUUACCGAAACGUCAGCAGGUUAUGCUCUGCUCAAAGCCAAAGACAAGAAGCUCCUCAAGCGCGAUGAUCUGGAUACCGAGCUCAGCAAUGUCGAAACGAUAUGUAACGAGCUUAAGCUCAAGCAGUUCCAAAAGUUCGACAGCGCUGCAGCAGCUCUCGAGGAAGCUGCUGCCAUAGUGGAGGGAAAAGUCACACCAAAACUCUCCUCCAUGUUGAAUGAGCUCAAAGACGAGAAGAAGAUCUCUCUGGCAGUGGCUGAUCCCAAGCUCGGCAAUGCAAUUGGCAAAAUACCUGGUUUAGAGAUCAAGGCAAUAGCAGAUUCGGCGACAGCCGAUCUCUACCGAGCCAUUCGAGAACAUUUGCCCUCUCUGAUACCUGGUCUGAUGCCCGAAGAUGUCAAGACCAUGAGCUUGGGUUUAUCACACUCACUUGCACGACACAAGCUCAAAUUUUCUCCCGACAAGAUCGAUGUUAUGAUUGUACAGGCUAUCGGUUUGCUGGACGACCUGGAUAAAGAGUUGAAUACAUAUGCUAUGAGAGUGAAGGAGUGGUAUGGCUGGCAUUUUCCAGAAAUGGCCAAAAUUCUCAAUGACAACCUCGCCUAUGCAAAGGUCGUACUGAAAAUGGGCAUGCGUACAAAUUGGGAAACGAUAAGUCUCGCAGAAAUAUUGCCUGAAGAGAUUGAGACAGCGGUGAAAAGUGCUGCAGAUAGGUCGAUGGGAACAGAGAUUACCGAAGAGGAUCUGGAAAACAUACAAAGUUUAGCUGACCAAGUCGUACAAUUCACAGAAUACAGACAGCAGUUGGCAAGCUAUCUCUCUGCGCGAAUGACGGCCAUAGCACCCAACUUGACUGCGCUGGUUGGUGAGCUGGUGGGUGCUCGGCUGAUAGCACAUGCUGGUAGCUUGGUGAACCUUUCAAAGAGCCCAGCCAGUACGAUUCAGAUCCUCGGUGCUGAGAAAGCUCUUUUCCGAGCACUGAAGACCAAGCACGACACUCCGAAAUAUGGUCUCAUCUAUCAUGCCUCUCUCAUUGGACAGGCGUCGGGAAAGAACAAGGGGAAGAUGGCACGAGUGUUGGCUGCAAAGGCUGCCUUGGGAUUGAGAGUAGAUUCGUUACAAGACUGGGGAGAUGAUGAAGCGAACAUUCCUGAAGAAGAGAAAGCUGCAUUGGGUAUUGAGGCCCGUGGCUAUCUCGAGCGAAAGCUGGCCCACUUGGAAGGAAAGCCGAUCAAGCCCCGAGGUGUGGCUAUCGCACCAAAUGGUGUUGGUGUAACGGAACAGCCGAAGAAGUGGGAGAUCAAGGAAGCACGAAAAUACAACCCAGAUGCCGAUGGUCUUGCUGGUGACGAGGCGCCAGCCGUCGAAGAGAAGCCGGCUAAGAAAGACAAGAAGUCCAAGAAGGACAAAAAGCUGAUUGAAGAGCUUGAUACCACAAAAGAUAUCUCGAUGGUUAAUGGCAAUGAUGCGGAGUCACAACCCGAAGAACCAAUAGACGACGAAGAAGUUGCCGCAAUCAUUCCCAACGGAACAAAAGAGUUGUCGAAGGAAGAGCGCAAAGCAGCAAAGAAGUCAGAAAAGAAAGCCAAGAAGGUUGCUGGAGAGACCAAUGGGGAAACAGAAGCUGCUAAGCUGGAACGAUUAGCUGCAGCAUGCGGGUUAAGUGUGGAGCGCUAUGAGAGAAAGCUUGCUCGAGGCGAGAUCUCGUUCACUUCAGAUGGUACUCCUGUUGCUGUAUCGAAGAAGGACAUCAAGAAGGCCAAGAAGGCAGCAGAAAAGGUUGAAAGUGCUACCACUAAUGGCGAAGUCGCUGGCUCGAAGAAACGCAAGCAUGUGGACGACGACUCAACGCCAAAAGAGAAGAAGAAAAAGAAAUCCAAGGCUGUAUAA